AUGCUGCUACGUCGGCUGCGCUCCAUUGAAGAGAAGCAGGAGGACAAUUUCACCAGGGUGCUGGACGCUGUUGGAGAGUUCGGCCGCUUCCAGCGGAGGCUGACGGCCUUCACCUUCCUCCCCAGCGUGCUCACCGCCUUCUUCAUGUUCAUCGACCGCUUCUCGCUGGUGGACCAGCUACCCUACUGCAACACCAGCUGGAUUCUGGCCGUUGGGCCUCAUCUGACUGUGGCCCAACAGCUCAACCUCACCCUGCCCCGAGCACCCAACGGCAGCUUCCAGCGCUGUCUGAUGUAUGUGCCAGUGCCCUCGGACCUGGACACCAUCAUCCGCUUCGGCCUCAACCACACGGACAUAUGCCAGAAUGGCUGGAUUUACCCCGACUCCAAGAUGAGAUCGCUCGUCAAUGAGUUCGACCUCGUGUGUGACCAGCAACCAGACAAAGCACUGUUACAGGCCAUAUUCAUGGCAGGCAUCCUGACGGGGUCUUUCAUUUUCGGGUUCAUCUGUGACAAAAUGGGCCGCUACCUGACCAUCUUGCUGUCCCUGCUGGGCCUGGCCAUCUUCGGCUUCGGGACGGCCUUCGUGAGCAGCUUCCACCAGUACCUGUUCUUCCGCUUUGCCGUCUCCCAGGCCGUGGUGGGCUACACCAUCGGCAGCCUUUCUUUGGCCACGGAGUGGCUGGUGGGGGAGCAUCGAACCCACGCCAUUGUCCUGGCCCACUGUCUCAUCACCAUUGGUAUCAUGUUCCUGGUGGGGCUGGCCUACACCAUCCCCCACUGGCGGCUGCUGUUCUUGGUGGGUGGCGUGCCCGUUUUCCCGCUCAUCUGCUGCGUCUGGGUCCUCCCAGAAUCCCCUCGCUGGCUGAUGACCAGGGGGAGGAUAGAAGAGGCUAAGCAAGUGCUGUGCUAUGCUGCCAGAGUGAAUAAGAGAACCAUUCCUCCAGGAUUGCUCAACGAGCUGCAGCUGUCUGGGAAGAAGGUGCCGAAGGCCUCGGUGUUGGACUUCUACACCAACCGGCACCUGUACAAGGUCACCCUGGUGAUGGGCUGCGUGUGGUCAGUGUCCCGGCCGGCUGGGGCCAUGGGGGGGGGUGGCCAGGCACACCACGAAGUCGGGGGCCACGGGGUGGGGGAGAUGACAUCCGCGAUUAUCUUGGUGGUGGUGUUUGGGCAUUUCAGUCUGGGGACUGCUAUCUCCGUGUUCUUCAUCUACACGGCUGAACUACUCCCCACUGUCCUCAGGGCCACGGGCCUGGGACUCAUGUUCGCCUCCUGGGCCGCGGGAGCCAUUACCUCUUUGAUCAUCACCAGCAACGUCCAAUCCCUCCUGCCUCUGUUUCUCUGCUGCGUCUUCUCCUCCAUGGCCCUGUGCUUCUCCGCCGUCCUGCCUGAGACCCAGGAGCAGCCCCUGUGGGACACGCUGGAGCACUUCACCAAGUCGGGUUUCCAGAAGGAGAUGCCCCAGUCCACCAGCGACUCCAGCUUCUGGAGAAGCAGGGAGGACUCGGUCCUGGUGCCGCCCAAGGAGUCAGGCUCAGAUUACCUGUCGGAGGAGGCGGCCAAAAACACCAUCCUCAACGUGCAGAACCUCAAGAUGAGCUCCCUGGUCUCUGACCCCUCCGACGCCACCCUGGGGACCUUUGGAGCACUGAUCCAACCCAGACACAGCCAAGAGUCAGGAGGCAGUGAUCCCUGAGCACCAUCGUCCCCUCCACCCCCCCCAUGACCUCAGGCUGGCUUGACCUUGGGCCCGUUGUACCAGGACCGACGGGAUGCCAGGCCAGCAUUUCUCAUUUUGGGACCUCCUCACUGGGCAGAGGUGGGGAGGGAGACUUGAGUUUGGAGGCUUGGCUCUCUCAAUCCAGAAUGGCCCCUGUGGGUGCUUCUGGGAAUGGACA